AUGAAACACGUUAAAUCGCACCAACUGGGCGCGCCAACCCCCCCGCUGCCCCUCAGCGGCGCGCUUUCCAAGUCUACCAUAGUUCAGGAAGUUUCCUGCUCGCUGCGCCAGAGCCUGGCGGGCGGCGGUGUUCCGUUUUUUCCCAUUGUUUGCGCUAGAAGGGAAGCAGAAGUGCCGACAAACGAUAAUCAGAAAUUUGAAUUUCGCCCCCGCAAG